GAAAAAUAGCAGAAUUGCUCCUUUCAGCGUUUUUAGGUGGUGAAUUUUGUCAAGUGAACCAUAAUAUACUACUCCUCCAUCAUGAUUUUGAGGAUUCGCCGCCGCAGUAGUUUUUUCUUCAGAUUUUUUGUGGCUAGUAGAUUGUAUAGUUCAGGAGAAUUAGUGCAAGACUCAACAGAAAUAGCCAAAAGGGUCUGCAAGAUUAUGACGUCAUGCCCCAAACUAGGCCUCGAUACGGCCCUUGACCAGAGUGGCAUUCGGGUUUCCGAAGAAGUAGUCGAGAAGGUUCUCGAAAAGUUUGAAAAUGCUGGAAUGCUGGCCCACCGGUUCUUCGAGUGGGCCCACAAACAACGGAGAUACUCGCACAGUGUUCGAGCCUACCACAUUAUGAUCGAGUCUUUGGCGAAGAUACGGCAGUACGAUAUAAUGUGGGAUCUUGUUAACAGCAUGAGAAGCAAAGGAAUGCUGAAUAUCGAAACCUUUUGUGUUAUUAUGAGAAAGUACGCAAGGGCUCAGAAGGUGGACGAGGCUGUGUAUACAUUUAACGUAAUGAAUAAAUACGACGUGCAGCCGAAUCUCGCUGCGUUCAACGGGUUGUUGAGUGCUUUAUCCAAGUCGAAGAAUAUUAGAAAAGCUCAGGAGAUAUUCGAUGCAAUGAAAAAUCAAUUUUCCCCCGAUUCGAAAACUUAUAGCAUCUUGCUUGAAGGGUGGGGAAGGGCUCCGAAUUUGCCGAAAGCUAGGGAAAUAUUUACGGAUAUGGUUGACUCGGGUUGCAAUCCCGAUAUUGUGACAUAUGGAAUCAUGGUCGACAUUCUUUGCAAAGCUGGAAGAACAAGCGAAGCGGUUGAAGUUAUUAAGGAAAUGGAGUUCAGUGGCUGUCAACCCACGUCUUUUAUUUACAGUGUCCUUAUACAUACUUACGGUAUCGAAAACAGAAUCGAGGAUGCAAUAGAUACGUUCCUUCAGAUGGAGAGAAACGGAGUCAUUGCUGACGUGGCGGUAUACAACGCCUUGAUUAGUGCUUUCUGCAAAGUGAAUAAAUUCAAGAACGCGUACAAGGUUGUGGACGAGAUGGAAAAGAAAGGGGUGAGUCCGAAUUCGAGGACUUGUAAUAUUCUUAUAAAUGGAUUGAUAGGCCGUGAAGAAACCGACGAGGCUUUUAAGGUUUUCCGAAGGCUGUCCAAAAUCUGCGAGCCCGACGCAGACACGUAUACAAUGAUGAUUAAGAUGUUUUGCGAGAGAGAUGAAAUGGAGACAGCUCUAAAGGUGUGGAAGUACAUGGAAAGGAAGCAGUUUGCGCCAAGCAUGCACACGUUUUCGGCACUCAUUAACGGAUUAUGUGGUAAGGGUGACGCUUCAAAAGCUUGUGUUUUAAUGGAAGAGAUGAUGGAAAGAGGGAUUCGACCAGGUCGGCAUACGUUUGGGAAGCUGAGGCAAUUGCUCUUGAAGGAAGGGAGAGAAGAUGUACUUGGAUUUUUGCAGGAAAAAAUGAAUCUUUUGGUUAAAGAGCCUCUUUGUGAUUGAGAUUAUUGUUUGUGGAUUGUAAGUUAAAAUCGAUUGUUGCAAUCGCAUGUUCGACAGUUGAUCCUUGACCUUUUCGCUGCACAAUCCGAGUCACGUGCACAUACGAACCUGCUCCCGGUUUUGGUGAAGAAACAGCCGCUAGAAAAAUCGGAUUUGAGAGCACGAGACGGAUCCAAAUCUCGGGGUGCGGUGAACUCGAGCGCGGUGGCUAAGGAAAACUGGGGACAUCGACCUUAUUGUUUAUUUUUGUAGAAUCUAUGAUACUCAUGUUUACAAUAUGCAAAUCAAUAAGCAACUAUUGGAUCUAAUGAGAUAUGAAAAAAAUGGGUUUUUCGAUUUUUA